UGUCCUCGUGAACGCAACCACUUCCGUGAUACAUAGAGACGAUAGUUUCGUUCUCACGGUGGAUGUGUACUUUUGGGCAGCUUCAUUUCUUUCAACAACGGAGAAGGAGCGACACACACACACUGUGAAAAAGCCAACUUGGAGUUACAAGCUUACUUCAGACAUGAGCACUGAGAAGACCCUGUACACCCCCUCGCAGACGGGACCACAUGCUUCUACCGCCUAUCUAACGUUUCCAAUACCGAAUGACAUGAGCGCGCCUGUCCAACAAAUGCCCAGAGGACCCGCCGCACCUGGUGCUGCCUUCCCUCCACCACCCUAUGGAAUGAUGUCCAGCACACCUGAUGCAACCUUCCCUCCACCAUCCUAUGGAAUGAUAUCCAGAGGAUAUGACAACCCGUGUUCUGAACCAUAUUCCUCACCUGACCCAGUCUUUUCCAAUACUUACGGAGGUGAUGCCUACCAUGGCGAGGAAGCCCCACCGCCUUUCCAUGACAAUCAAGACUUUAUGAUCGGAUUAGACAACAAGAGCAUCAGAAGGGCUUUCGUUAGAAAGGUGUUCCUGGUGUUAACGGCGCAGCUGAUGGUGACAUUUGCUUUUGUGGCUAUUUUCACUUUUGUGAAAGAAGUCAAGGCAUUUGUCAAGGUGAACAUUUGGACUUACAUCGUGUCGUACGUCAUCUUCAUCGUCGCGCUUUUAGCCAUCAGCUGCUGUGGGAAUCUUCGCCGGAAACACCCUUGGAACUUGGUCGCUUUGUCCAUCCUGACACUAAGCAUGUCCUACAUGGUGGGAAUGAUAGCAAGUUUCCAUGACACUGAUUCGGUGAUCAUGGCAGUUGGCAUCACAGCAGUUGUGUGCUUCACAGUGGUCAUCUUCUCCCUGCAGACCAAAUACGACUUCACUUCCUGCUACGGAGUGCUUUUUGUCUGCCUGAUUGUUCUGAUCAUCUUUGGCUUCCUCUGCAUCUUCAUCCAAAACAAAAUCUUGGAAAUCGUGUAUGCGGGACUCGGAGCAUUACUCUUCACCUGCUUCCUGGCUGUGGACACUCAGCUGCUGCUUGGCAACAAGGAGCUGUCCCUGAGCCCAGAGGAAUAUGUCUUUGCCGCUCUGAACCUUUACCUAGACAUCAUCAACAUCUUCCUCUACAUUCUGGCCAUCGUUGGAAGAGCAAGCAACAGCUGAGCAGAAAGCAGGAACCGAAAUAUAUUGAAACAGAAAUCCUUGGUUCACAGAUGCUGUUGUCAUGCUAACAACCUUUUCUGCUUUUGUUCUACAUGUUAUGAUUACAUAGUUACAGAUAACUUUUAUGUAACCCCAUCUGAAGUACUUUUUCCAGAAAUCCUCUUCAGGGUGUGCUCUAAACAUGUACUUUGAUUAUUGUUUGGUUGUGUCUCUGAAAUCUAUAUAAAUAUAACCUGCAGUGGGUAUUAAGUGUGUAUUCUAUGCUACUCAGAAUUAAUUAAAGUGUUAAAAUCUGACAAACUCUUAAAUUCAUGCUGCCAGAUUUUUCCCAGGUUUGUUCUGGUUCACAGGUUUCAUUGCCCAAAACAUUAAAAGAUUAUUUAAAAAACAGAAA